UCGUUUGAUUUCCGGUUUACCUUGGAGAAAGCGUGUGUGGGAAGAGAAAUCUGGAGAGAGGCGAAUGGAGUUGCACGCAGAUGCUGCGCGUGGGGCUGUAUCCCGGGAGCUUCUCUCUGUCGAAGGCGGCGGAGAUGGAGGUAUUCAUGAGACACUACUGCUGAAUUCAAAGCAAAAGAAUAAGAAGGCCAUGAUGUCACACACAGUUUGGGUACCAAGGAGCAGCAUUUUGGAUAGGGUACAGAGCUUUCUACCACAUAUGGCCAAUGCAAAUGAUGAAUUAAGAAAAGAAAUGGAAAAUGUUCCCGUUGAAGACUUUGAUAUUGAACAUGUAGAUGCUUCAAUUGAAAAAGUUAUUGAAAUGAAUGUGGCUUUGGUGGAACUGAGUGGUUCCAGUACAGAGGAAGAAGAUUCAGCCUCAGAAGAUGACUCUGAUGAUAGUUCUGCCUGUGAAGAGGUUACUGUAGAGAACAUUAAGCUUCCUAAGCCCAAGAGAGAAGGCAGAAUAGAAGUUUUGGACAGUAAAUCUAAUGAGUAGAUGUUUCAUAACUAUUUCAGACGUCCAGUUCUGUUGCAUGUCAUGCAUUGUUAAAUCUGAGAUAAGAGUCCUCUGGGCAAACUAGCUUGUUUCCAAGCGUUCCUGGAAACUAGGUUGCUGGCUUCACUUCAAACUAGUGAGAAACGUGAAAGAUCUCCUUUCAAGUCCAAAGACAGGAAAAUAAUGAGGGCACUCUGUUUCGCCUAGGGCAGCAUGGAAAAAAACCCCGGAAAAAUGCACUGAAUUGGAAAAAAGAAAGGAACGGCAUCUGUCGAGACACCUAAGGAAUAUCUUCAGGGCUAUUUCUAAAAAGCAAUUUCCCUCAAUUUCACAGCAAAAGCUAUUGCAAAUGAUUUCAUAUGAGAACUAUUCACACCCUGGAUUAUUCCAGUUGUUUGUGGUCUGCAUGGCAGCACUGACCUCCGUCCUGGAUGUACAGUUUGGGGUGAAGGAUGUUAUGAAUGGCUGUUGUGUAUUACAACCACCGUAGCACAGAAGCACUAUCAGAAACUCCAGUGUAGUGCUGUGAGAGCUGGCCAAGAGUCUGCUACAAGGAGGGGAAAGAAUUACGUUGGCUUCAUCAGUUUUUUAUUGUGGGUAUGGAAUAGUAGGUGGGAUGAAGUCCAUUGAUUUGACUGUAUAAGUGAAUAUAUUGGUUGACUUACUGAAGUCUUGCAGGCUGUUUUUCUUUUACAUCGUGCCCGGACUAGGGGGGGAAUUUAUCUAAGCUACAUUCCAUGUUUAUUAAUCUGAAAUCCACAGGUAGCCAAGAGUUUGAGUAUGAUUUAACCUUACAAUCAUACGAUGCAUCUGAAAUUAUGUGUGUCUAGAGAAUGAAGGAGGAUUUUGUUUGAUUAAGCAACACUGUUUCUUAAAAGUAACGUAUUUUGAAACAUGUUUUGCCUUAUAUUAAGUACUGUAACUGGAACCAUCUAUAUAAUUCUGUUCUUAAAAUGUUGACAUUGAAUUAUUAAGAAUGAUUAUCCAGAGGUCUUGGUUAGGCAGUUCCAUUUCUGUGGUGGACAUUUUUCCUAGUUUUCUGGAUUUACUAAAAAUGAAAACUCUUUUCAAGUAAAGACAGAAACAGCAAUAAUCCCCCUUAUACUGUCCUGAAAUAAAUGGAAAAGCUGCAUUUCCUGCUAUCUGUUUUUUAAAAAAAAUGGUAGAAGCAAUUUAGAAGUAUUCCAGCUGUCUCUUAUAGUUCUGGAAAGAUGGAGGAGGUAGCCAACAUAAAAGUACAAUGCUUUUUUGUCAAAGAAAAGCAGAACUGGGGUGGGGGCAUGCAUUACAGAAAUACUUCUUUCAAAAUUGUAAAGCACGCAUAGUUUAAUGUAAUUUGCAUUCACAACUCUGUUGAUUACAUUAUUGGCAAACAGAUUAUAAAAUAUUUGCUAUAGCUUUUAUAUGCAUAGUUCAACACAGAUGUCAAGCUCUGUAUUAUAGUAAGUGCACUUCCUUGAAUUCAUUUACAAUGUUUAUAGUCAAGUGACUUUCUAUGUUGCUUAAAAUAUGCUGCUGGAUGUGUGUUUCAGAAACAAAGACACUUAAUGCUGGUCUAAUGCACCGUUUUAGAAACUUAAGUUAAGAAAGCCACGUGUUGACUUUGGAGAACACAAGCAGUCUAGCCCACUGCUUCUUGCUUAGGGAGCUGGAGACUUCAGUGCACUGUUAUAUAAAUGUGGAUCCACCACUAGAUGUGCAGUAACUUUGCAACUGAUAUUUUAGUUUAGUGGAUAAUAAAGGCAAAACAAUAAGAGAGGAUACAGCUGGAGAUAUUUCACAGAAAAGUCUUGAACGCAUCUCGGGGGCCCUACUAAACUGCAAAUACUGCUAGUGGAUCUAGGUCAGUAGAAGCUUGGCAACAAACUAUAGCUGAAGAGAGAAUGUCUGACAGGAAUUCAAGUGUUCUUCCCUGGCUCAGUAGGAUGAGGUUCUGGUUUUUGUAAUGCCAGCAAAUGUCUCUAACAGUCCCGCCUGCCUUGUGCUUGAGGAAAUAUGUUAAAGUUAAAUCUAUUAUCAAUGGAAUUGCUUUGUUGAUUAAUAUUCCACUGUUACUGCCUUCGUUCUGAGAUACUCAUGAAGUGCUUCUUCGCCUGAAAGAAAUUAGAGAGUUAAAUAGUUGUAACCUGCAAGAGUCUGGAUCAGCUUUUGUGCUUGCAAAAAGAACAAAACAAAAACCUACAAUUAGGAACACAACCCCAGUUCAUUUCAAAGUAUUACUGGUUUUGUAAGGCGAGAACCAUUUUUACGUUAUCCUCCACUUUAUUCUAAAAGCGAAUGGUAUUUUUCCACUGCCCCCAUCAUAUUUUGUUACAGUUGAAUUUAUCACUUCAUAAACAGCAUACACUAGAAACUGGGCUUUCAAGCUUUCUCCCUGCAGGGACCUCAUUGUAUUACAGAAUAUUCUAGGAGAAACUGCAUUCAUUUUGUGUAAGGUGUGGGUCAUGCCUAUUGAGUCCUGCUGUCAGUUGAGGAACCGAAUGCAAGACACUCUGCAGUUCAGGAGGGAGGGAGUCAAGCUGCCUUUCCUGCUGCUUCUGAUCUGUGUUCAUUGAUCUACCCUGGAAUAAAGUUUGCAACACUGCUGAGAUAGAAUACAAAUCAGCUACACAGUUCUAAACUUUAAACUCAAUUGAAGACAAUGGUCAACACCUAGCUUUAAAUAAAUAAGUUGCUUUGUAA